GGACCAAAAAAAAAUGCCUCAACACCUCUUGCUGCAAUACUUGUCCCCGUGUUCGCCAUACUCAUCAUCAUCAUCAUCACUGUGACUGUACUCUGCAUAAGACACAGAAAAUCUUAUCGGGCCUCAGUUGGUGACCCAAACGAGAGGGAAGCUCUAAGCACUUCACAAGUGGUACCGACUCCUGCACAGACAUACACCCAGGCAGACUCCGACCUCUUUGAUGCCAGCAGUAUGGGGAACUUGUCGGCUGUGAAGCGGAACCUAGCAGCAGGUUCAGCCGACGUCAACUGUAGAGUCUGGGGAGGGAUGACACCGGUGAUGGUGGCAGCAGAGUUUGGACACAGAGAAGUGGUGGAGCUCCUUGUGAGUAAAGGAGCCGAUGUGUCACUCGUGGCCGAUGUCGGUGACCACACCCUUCACUGGGCCUGUAUGGCAGGAAACGUUGAGAUGGUGAAGUUUAUCAUCUCACAGAACAUGGUAGACAUCGACAGUAGAGGAGGUUGGGGCAGGACACCGGUGAUGAAGGCAGCUCUGUUUGGACACUCUGAGGUGGUGAAGUUCCUUCUGAGUCAAGGAGCCGAUGUGUCACUGGUGGCCGAUGAUGGUCAAAGCAUCCUUCACUUGGCUUGUGAGGGAGGUGACAUGGAGACAGUGAAGUUUGUCUUGUCACACAAAUUGGCGAACAUCGACGCCAGGAACGAGGGAAAGACAGCGACUGAUGUGGCAAGUGUUGGGGAAUAUCGCCAAGUGGUAAAACUCCUUCUUUCUAUUGGCGGUCACUGAAGUGAGUGGAGUGUGUGACUGAGAACAUCUUGUUACAGACAGUCAUGUGGUGUGUGCCUUUUAGGUUGUCAUGUGUUUAUAAGGUGAGAAUGUUUGAGGAGAAAUAAAACUUGUUAACUUGUGAACAUCAUGAGACAUUUGGUCAUUUGAUGUGUUUGAAAGUUUGCAUGAUCAGGUAAGAAACUUGUUAACUGAGUGUAAAUAUAGAUGAUGUGUGAUUGGUAUAUAAACACUGCAUGUCAUAAUAUAAUUUUGGGUUAAUUGAAUGCCAAAAGUUAAUAAUUGUGAAACAGACAAAAAAAACGUGUUUGUUUACUGUUACCUCAGAUGACCCGAAUAUCGCCCAGCUGAUGUAGCGCCACAUGUACAAUGACGUUGACUUCACACUAAAGUGGGACCUGUGAAGGUCCGGGGUCUUAUGCACAGUAUGCAUCAUAUUAUGCACAGUUUUAAACAGCUGUUUUAUGUGAGAACUAUUUGAGUAGUAUUACUGUAAAUAGAAUUUGUCCCGCUUAUGGCCAUCUUAGGCAAAGUUACAUAGUAUCUAAAUUUAACAUCUUUCCAAAUAUUCCGAAGUUUAAUACACUUCUGUCAUCGCAAGACACCAUUAUCAAUAUGAAUGCAGCAAAAUAUAUGUUUUAUGCCAAUGCUGUUAGAACACAAACACUCCCAACAUUGAUAAUAUGCAAUUAUGUUAAAACUGCUUUUGUUAACAAAGUAAAAAAAUGUUGUUAUAUUUUAUACUUUUGCAUGUACAUUGUAUUUCAUUUGUACAAAAAGGCCCAUGGCCUACACGUACUGAAUAAAGUGAAGAAGAUUGAAGAUAUUA